CAAGGCAACAGGCUUUUACUACAGUCACAGCACAACAGGAAGGAAAUAAGGAGAAAUGUUUCUGUUUGUGUCACCGUUGCUAUUUGUGCACGUUUUAUUAGCCAGCACCUGCUGAAGAAGUUACUUCUGGGCGUUACCACUGGUUUCGGCUCUGUGUAAGCAAAACUGGAAACAAAACGAAAGUGAAACAGACCAACACUAACACUAACACUAACAGGCAGUCAGACAUAUGCAGACAUGAUCCAUAUCGUGUUGCGUUGCCUCAGCUGGCUGGUGCGCUCGUUUGGAGCUGUAGUGAGUUCGUUUGGAGCUGGUUCUCGUGUGGACAGGUUCGUACGCCGCGCACUAGGCUCAUUAUUCGAUAAUGUUUUUGCGAUAGGUUGGCGAAAGAAUCGCAGAAACCAAAAUGAGGGGCACCCUGAGGCCUCCUCCACAGACUGUCUGGAUGAAGACGAUUUUGACAGUCGUGAGUACCGAGUGGACACCACAGAUGAGUUGUACUGCGGCUAUGAUUCAACCUGGGAGGUUGAGGAGCCCCAGGAGAGCCCAGCGAAGACGACUAGGCGUCUACCAGGGACCACAAGAUACAAGUUUAGCAGAUUUGAAAGUGCUGCAAGAGACAUGCAGAACUACAGGCAUGACUACCGUCUCAUGAGGCAACACUGUAACCAGAAUGAUAACAAGCCUAAUCUGUCCUUCUACCUUGGAGAGGGGUACUCUUCACCUGAUGAUCUCCGCAUAGAUGAUUUCCAUGAUAAAUGGAAGGGAGACUAUGAGAAACUGGAGUAUGCACACAACUAUAUUCAGUGGUUAUUCCCACUGCAAGAACCAGGGGUGAACCCAAAAGCCAGUACACUGACAAAAGAAGAAAUUAAGGAGUUCCUUGAAAACAGUAAAGCGAGGGAAAAUCUGCUGAAGUCAUACGAGCUCAUGUUGGACUUCUAUGGUAUUGAGCUGUGCAAUAAGGAAACAGGACAAGUCACGAGAGCCCCAAACUGGAGAGAUAGAUUCAAUAAUCUGGACAGCCACACUCACAACAACCUGCGCAUCACCCGCAUCCUGAAGUGCCUGGGAACCCUGGGGUACCCUCAGUACCAAUACCCCCUGGUACUGUUCUUCCUGAAGGAGACACUCAUUAACGGAGAACUUCCACGUGUCAAGGAGAGUGUCCUCAGCUACUUUGUGUUUGCUGUACUCGAUAAGAGGCAACGCAGGCGUCUCAUCAAGUUUGCUUAUUUGCACUAUGAGCCUAAAGAUGAGUUUGUGUGGUGUCCAGUGAAACUGCAGAUGAUGUGGUCAGCGUCCAAACCACAGAAGAGAACGAAUGGGGAAAACGACACAUGUGAGGUUGACAUGAGUCAUCUGUAGAGCAACAGUUGCAGGAGAUUUGCCUUCAUAGCAGCUGAUGGAGGAGAUAACUGCAAAGCUUAAACAGCUUAUGCAAGUCUGCUAAAUUAAUGCAGUUAAAUUAUCCAGCCCUAGGACCCAUUUCAUUUCUCUCUAUAUACUGAAUCACAGCAUAGUUACUCGUACAAAUGUCUAUUAACUUUGGUGUUUACCGUUUAAUUUUUCUGGAAUUUUCUCCAUAAUUGAUCUUUUUUUUUUGCUCUGAUAAAAUGUGCAGGAUCUAAACUACAUUAUAUUACAACUGAGCUUUAUGUAAAACAAACACUUGUGCUAUGGUGUUGGGUAGGAUGUGAAAAUUAACAAGCAAUCAUCAGCUUCACUGUGAUUAAAUCUUCUUCAGUUUUCA